AUGUGUGAAAUGCUGAAAGCUGAGAAGGCCUGUAGAGCUCCAAAAAUGUCGGAUCUUCCUACAUGUCGGACCACACCUAGUCCUCCAUUUACAUACGUUGGAGUUGAUACAUUUGGACCCUGGUUGAUUGUAUCAAGACGCGGGACAAACUUUGUGGGUGCCACCGGAGAGCUGGGAAUGAACAUUUUAAAUGUGGAAGAUGGGAACAUUAAACAGUUUUUGACUUCUCAGGGAGCUGUUUUGAGGUUCAAUGCACCUCAUUCUUCUCAUAUGGCCGGUUCUUGGGAGCGAAUGAUCGGUCUCGCUAGAAGGAUUCUCGAGUCUAUGCUGUGUGAAUCUCAAGUAAAAAGUCUCACACACGAAGUACUGUGCAUUAUGAACAGUAGAGCAAUUGCUCCUGUGGCUAACGAUCUAGAUACACCUGCAGUUCUUUCACCAAAUGUGUUGUUAACUCAAAUGUUCAAGUCAGAUACUGUACCCUAUCAACACUGGAAUACUAAGGACAUAUAUAAAUCCCAAUGGCGACAAGUUCAAGUGCUGGCUGACCAGUUUUGGAAACGCUGGAGGACCCAUUAUCUCCAAAACCUACAGACCAGGAGGAAGCUUAAGGAAGGAGACGUAGUCCUGAUGAUGGACAGUAGUGUUUCACGUAUUCAGUGGCCUAUCGGAGUGAUUGAGGAUGUUUUUCCAAGCGCAAAUGGACAAGUGCGCAAGGUUUCGGUUCGUGUGGUGAACAGUGAAAAACCAGUGACUUAUAUAAGCCCGAUAACUCAGAUUAUACAUUUGCUUUCGGAGUAG